AUGAAAGCUUUGCAACUGUCUGCCAUAUGCCUUUCCAUUGUCAUAAGCAUUUACUGGAACUAUGUCCAAACAGGAAAACGAGGCCCAGUGAAGGAUACUAAAAAGGACCAGUUCAUGAUAACAGGAAAGGGAACAACUAAAGGGGGCAAGACGAAGAUAAUCGUUUACAUGCAGACUACUGGUGAAAAUCCAAUCAAUCCAGCACUAGCGAGGGCUACUGUGGACUCUGCUAAAGCUACAUCAACACCCUCUGCGAUUAUCAAGUCCUCGUCAAUGACCAGUGCUGGUUUCCUUUCCUCUUCUAACUCUGCUAAAUCCACCCCUGCGCCUCAGUCCAGCGGAGUGGUGCCGGUAAAAAGCAAACAAGCCGCUACCAGUGGCUCACCCGGACCUUCGCCGCAACCUUCAAGAAAGCAACCUACAACCAGUAGUUCGUCGGCAUCUUCACCUCCACCCGAUCAGUCUUCGAGUCAGGCUUCAGUGCAGCCUAGUGCUACAAAUAGUACAGCUAUCCAAUCUUCAUCUGUAUCAAGUUUAGCUCCUUCUUCAUCUUCACCUCCAGCAGUAAUCUCUUCAACUUCAGUUUCCCUUGACCCAAGUGCGACGAAAAAUGCAGUUCCUCAAGUUUCAUCUCUCGCUAGUGUUGAUCCUUUCUUGACUCUGUCACUUGCGAUUAAAUCUCCUAGUGCAGGCGCAUCAAGCGCUGCGGUUACCCAAACUUCCUCUCUUCCAGGGUCCAGUGCUUCUUCCUCUCCUGGAUCAACCAUUACACCCGCAAAGUCUUCCCCAACAAACCCCAACAACUACUCCUUACUUUACAUUUAA